CCGGUGUUGUUCACAGGUACUGGUAUGCUAACAUUUUUUGCUGAAAAUGAUAUUUUUGGUCAUUUUCGGUCGCUGUCGGUUUUAGGAAUGUUCUUCCAAUUUUACAGGCACUCAUGGUAAAAGCUAGUCAAUGUAGCACAGCUAAUUAAAGAACUAAAGACACAGGACGAGGCACUGCUGAGAUACGUUUUGUCGAUGUGCACGUAACUUAGCUCCAAAGAGUUAGCUGUAGCUGCCCAUUGCCUGCUGUAAGUAUAAAUGUAAAAUUAUUUGGGGCAGUUAAGUGAGUUAGUUGCCACUCGUAGGGACUCUGAGUGCUGCUCAAUAAAUUACUACUGAAAACACAUUUACCAUCUCAAAAUAUAAUAUUAUAGUGGACGAAACAGCUGCCAGCAUUUUUAAAAAAGAUUUAGUGGGCCCUGCCUCCAAGAAAUUAAAUGAGACUCACAGCAAGACACUCUGAUGGUUAUGGAGUAUGAUGGACAACCUGGCAGCAAAAAAGAGCCACACACACUGUCAGUCAUGGGCAGACCAGAAUGGCUGGUCUGCAACUUCAACUCAAGGAUCCCUCUUCAACCCACUGCCCAGCUCUCAGCAUCUAAGCUUGGGGUUUUCUGGCCAAGAACACUCUUACAACCACCUGCAGGCCUCCAGUCAGAGCUGUAUGAUCGACAUCAGUACCUUGUCAUCCACUCAUCACCCUGCCCUGUGCAAAGACUCUCUCAGUAACAGCGAUUCUUCAUCCACCUCACUGUUUGCCAACACAGCUGUCCCGAGUUCCUCUCACGGUAUUUCCUUUGUUCAGCGAAGGCCUCACACUUCGUCAGUGCUGUUCUCUGCAAACCAAGGAAGAAGUAUACCCCCACCGCCUCCUCCCCAAACAAACCAAGCUCCACAGCCUCGUGGACCCCGGCAGCUACCACUUCUCUCAGGCCACAACCAUCUCAAAGCGUCAUUUCAGCUUCCAUUAACCAAUCAAGGUUUACCAAACAGCCCUCAAGAUCUGCCCAUUAGCCUGCUGUCAUGUGGACAGCAAUGUGUAGGUAUGUCUCAAGCUACUUCUGAGGGGGCAAAUGUGGAAUUUGCUGGUGUUUCUGGAAAUGCUCGCAACCAUUCCCCUUCCACUUCUCAGGAGCAGCGUCAUAUGAUGCCUUCAUCACACUACAGAGGAGCUGCAAACAUGUCUGUCCCUGAUGCAGUUGCUCAUCCUAACAAAGAGUCUUCGCAGGAGGGAAACACUCCUCCGGCCAACGGUGAGAGGCGGCGUUCAGUGCUUUUACAUCAGCGCGCACAACUGCUUCAGCAAUUGGCAGAGUUGGAUAAAUGUCUGGAAUCAGUACCUCCAGAUGACAGUGGUGAGGGGCAGCCUCCACACACAGCUCUCCAGUGUCCUCCAUCAAUGGAUGAUUCAUCCCAGUGUGAACAAAACAAGACCAGCAGCACACAGCAGGUUCAGCCGUCUGUUGGAAAGUCGAAGUCACAGUUGCUUCUUUCAGUGGAUCAUUCUUCCCCUGUAUCCUGUGAGAAACCGAAUGAGACCUGUGAUACACCAGAUAAUCCAGAAGCAGAAUCAGAGAAAAAUGAAAAUGUCUCAGACCAGUCAGAGGGUGACAAUGAUCCCGAUUACUUUCCUAAUUGUCAUAGUGACUUUGAUGAAUCUGACCGCGGUGACGGUUCUUCAGACGAAUCAAGUGGAAGCAGUGCCUCAACCCCCACAGACAGAAGACCUUCUCUCUCAGGGAAAAAUGUGGUGCUUGAGGCCAAAAGUAACCAUCCUCCAAACCAAGAACAACCAACUACACACACACAAGAGGUUCAUAUGAAGUCUUCUGAAACUCUUGUGUUGCCAUGUUCAAGUUCACAAGCACAACGUGUUUAUGACAGGAGGAAUUACUGUUUGUUUUGCUCCAAGCCAGUAAGCAAAAUGGCACGACAUCUUGAGAGGAUUCACAGUGACAAAACAGAGGUAGCAGUUGUGUUUCAGUAUCCAAAAAAAUCCAGAGAAAGGCAGAAGAUAUGGAACAGACUGAUAAAUCAAGGAAACUUUGCUCAUAAUAAAGAUGUCUUGAAAACAGGAAAAGGCCAACUUGCUGUCCGAAAAAGACCAAAGCACACUAGAGAAGCCCGAGACUUUCUUCACUGUCUUUACUGUCGAGGCUUUUAUACGAAGAAAGCUUUGUACAGACACAUGAAAUUGUGCCCAGAGAAAGUGAAGAAUGGGAACGAACCACAUUUCCGGAGAAGGCUUAUCGCAUCACAGUGUGUGCUUGAAGUUUCGGACCUUGGCGUAAGUGAUGGUUUAAAGAGUAUUCUUUCCAAGAUGAUGUACAAUGAUGUUACACAAGCUGUCAUGGAUGACCAGGUUAUCUUGCAGUUUGGUGAGCUCUUGUUUAAUCAGUACGGAUCUGAUGUGAGGAAGCAUGAGUAUUUAAGACAAAACCUUCGUCAGAUAGCAAGACUUGUUCUUGAAGCUCAAAAAAUAACCCCAUUUAAGAAACUGGAGGACUUCUUUCUUCCCUCAAGCUUCCCACACGUAGUGUCUGCAGUGAACGUCCUGGCAGGCUACGAUCCAGAAACUAAAAGGUACAGCAAUCCCUCCCUUGCCGUCAAGAUUGGCUACCACCUCCAGAAGGUCUGUACUAUUGUUGAAGGUAACGCAGUUAAGUGUGGUGAUGCAAGUCUGGCAGAGUCUGCACGACAGUUUCUGUCUGUGUACCAGAAAAAAUGGAACAAGCUCAUUUCUGCAGGUGCAUUAACAACACUCAGAGAAACUAAAUUGAACAAAUCAAAGAAGGUGCCCUUUGCUCAAGAUGUCAAACGCCUGAGCCUCCACAUGGAAAGCGUUCAUCACCUAGCUGAGAAACAACUUAGAGACAGUCACUCUAAAGAAAACUAUGUUGCUCUGGUCAGGGUAGUACUAGCUCGAACAGUAAUUUUCAACAAGAGAAGAACCACAGAGGUAUCGUCGUUGCAACUUAAAGAUUUUCUGUCAAGGAAAAAGUCCAACGUGCAUGCCGAUGUGGGUUUACACUUGUCGGAUCUGGAAAGAACCAUGUGUGGAUUCUUCCCUAGAGUCGACAUACGAGGGAAGUGUGGGAGGAUGGUUCCUGUUGUGCUAAAACCAUCGUUCAUUUCUGCUAUGGAACUUUUCGUACAAGUUCGGGAGAAAUGUGGAGUCCCAAGUGAGAAUCCCUUCCUGUUUGGCCGACCACAUGCGCUGUCUGCCUACAAUGCAUCAGAGUGCAUCCAAAAAUAUGUCAGAGGGUGUGGAGCUAAAGAUCCUGAAGCGCUGACAUCGGCAAAGAUCCGGGAGCAUUACGCAACAAUGUUACAGAUCAUGAGUCUGGAUGAAGAUGAGGCUAACCAAAUUUUAGGCCCCAAUAAUCAAGUCCGAGCCCUUCGACAGAACAGCAUGCAGCUGGAUGACACUGAAACGGACUUUGAUGACAGAUUAGAACCUGUGAGAAGACAACAAGAUGGAUCGUGGACUCACAAUAAGCAUCCUGGUACAAAAUCUGUCAAGUCGGACAGAAAAGGCUCCCAAAAAAUCAGUAAACAUAAAUGGGAGGAAGCAGAGGUCCAAGCUGUUGAAAGACACAUGAUGCGCUUCAUUCAAGGACACAAGGUCCCUCAGAAAAAUGACUGCAUCCAGUGUCUUGAGGCUGAGCCAGAAGCACUGAGGGCCCGUUCAUGGAAAGGUGUGAAGGACUACGUCAGAAACAGGAUCACAUCUGAAAAAAAUGUUAAAAAAUCUGGAGCAAAAGACCUUGAAGCACAGACAUCAACUAAGAUCAGGAAGCAUUACACAACGCUACAACUGAUGGACCUGGAUAAAAAUGAUGAUGACCAAACUUUAGGCCCCAAUAAUCAAGCCCAAAUCUGGCAACAGAACGGCAGCAUGCAGCUGGAUGAUGUGGAAAUGGAAUCUGAUGAGAGGGGACCAGAAGCUGCAUCAUGGGAUAGCAAUGGGCGUCACGGUGCUAACUGUGAACCAGGAGCGUUUUUCCAUGAGCAAAAACACGGAGCAAGAACACACGCCAACAAGACGGUACCUCAAAAAUCAGUCAAGUCAAGCGAAAAAGCCAUCCAAAACAAUAGUAAACAUAAAUGGGAGGAAGCAGAGGUCCAAGCUGUUGAAAGACACAUGAUGCGCUUCAUUCAAGGACACAAGGUCCCUCAGAAAAAUGACUGCAUCCAGUGUCUUGAGGCUGAGCCAGAAGCACUGAGGGCCCGUUCGUGGAAAGGUGUGAAGGACUAUGUCAGAAACAGGAUCACUACACUAAAAAGACAAGGUGGAAGUUCCCAAACUACGUCCACAAACCACAACUGGUCAGGACAAGUGGAAGAACAGCAUUUUCAGCAGUCCUGCUGGACAGACUGAGAGAGAAGAGGCAGACGGGAAACAGUUGAGUUCAGGGCGGGUGCUUGCAACAAAGGUCGCUGACUGAAAUCAAACCUGUGAUGUUGCAUUUAAUGUCAUCAUGAUAACUUAGUUUGGUGUUUUAGUUUGUAUUUUAGUUUUGUUCGUUCUGGAACCACAGCAGAGUAAUGGACAUUUUCAUCUAUUAUGGAUGUGAUAUGUUGUUGAUUGAAAAAUUUGUUUCAUUGCUUCAUUGUAUUAAGUUCAUUUGAACAGAGGCAGCUCAUAAAUACUGACGAAUAAUGUGUUUUACAAAUUUAUCUGAUGGCUAAUUAAGUUUUGGAGCUGCACGUUAACUUCGGUGUUAUCUGGUAUUUUAUUAUUCUGUUUGGUACACUGGUAUGCUGUAUUUUGUUUCACUUUGUAGAUAUAUUUCACACCAUUUUUAUAUUGUAGUCUAGCACAUUGAAGUAAUAUUACUUUAUACUGCCUUACAUGGUUACAUUUAUUUUACACUUAGUAAUUCUAGUGGUUAAAUGAAUGUAGUGGAGUAAAAGGUACAAUAUUAUCUUCUGACAUGUCGUGGAAUUAAAAAGUAGCUUGUGUAAAA